AUCAUCGAAUCAUAUAAUAAUGUGCAUUAACCAAUACCUAAUCAGCAAGUCACCCAAUAAGUAAUCAAUCACAGGCAGUUCUACCAAGCGCAUUUCUUCUUCUUCAUCUAAUCCAACUAAAGAAUCCGGAAAUUUUCAUCACCUGAGUACAGCCCACCAUGCUAGAAGAACCCAAGAAGAUCAUCAUAGAUACUGAUCCUGGGGUUGAUGAUGCCAUGGCAAUAUUUUUGGCGCUGCAAUCACCGGAAGUGGAGGUCAUUGGACUCACCACCAUCUACGGCAACGUUUAUACCACCCUUGCCACCAGAAAUGCUUUGCAUUUGUUAGAGAUUGCGGGAAGGACGGAUAUUCCAGUUGCUGAAGGAUCCCAUGUCACAAUCACUAAAGGGACAAAACUCCGAAUAGCUGAUUUUGUACAUGGUACGGAUGGGCUUGGAAAUCAAAAUUUUCCUCCACCAAAAGGAAAGCCAAUUGAACUGUCCGCUGCUGAUUUUCUCAUCCAACAAGCGAGUUGUUAUCCUGGCAAGGUCACUGUGGUUGCGUUGGGGCCUCUUACGAAUAUUGCUUUGGCUAUCCAAUCAGAUCCCCAUUUUGUCAAAAACAUACAACAGAUUGUUGUUCUUGGCGGCGCUUUUGCAGUAAAUGGGAACGUCAAUCCAGCAGCUGAAGCAAACAUUUUUGGAGAUCCAGAUGCAGCGGAUGUUGUUUUUACCAGUGGAGCUGAUGUCCUGGCUGUUGGAAUCAAUGUCACGCAUCAAGUUUUUUUCACUGAUGCUGAUCGAGAUAAGUUGGCAGAGUCCAAUGGAAAGUAUGCUCAAUACUUGUGCAAGAUCUUGGAUGUGUACUAUUCAUAUCAUCAUGUUGCUUACAGCACCAAAGGUGUUUACCUUCAUGACCCAACUGCCCUUCUAGCUGCUGUCACUCCUUCACUAAUCACCUUCACAGAAGGUGUGGUCCGUGUACAGACUACUGGCAUUACACGGGGUCUAACUCUAUUUUAUAACAAACAGAAAAGGUUUGGUGAAGUUACAGAAUGGUCAGAUAAACCCUCAGUCAAGGUGGCAGUCACUGUUGAUGCUCCUGCAGUCAUCAACCUGGUCAUGGAACGGCUGACUAAUUCUUGAUCCAUCUACACUGAUUUUAAUUGUGCCUGUUCUCUUUCCCUACCAAAUGGGAAGAAGAUUAAAUCAUGAUCCAUCUAGACAGAUUUUAAUUGUUCCUGUUCUCUUUCCCUACCAAAUGGGAAGAAGAAGUGUCUUCCUGCUGGUAAUUGAUGCUCUUAGUGCUUCUUCAAGAUAAACCAUGUGAUUGGAUCAAAAGGAAGCGGCCUUGUAGGGCACGCCAGAGAUGAUUGUUAACGUAUUAGUUGUAAAUCAUCGGAAUUUCCCCAGUUCUUAUGUCUCCGAUCAAUACAGAGGAGAAGCAGAUUUUUCUUUCAUUUAAACCAAUGUCACUUCUUCUUGAAAACUUUGACCUAUUUUAUGAAUCUGAUCAUAUUUAGUUGUUCGCAUUA